AAAUUUAUUUAUAAUAUUAAUAAUAAUAAAACCGGUUAUGAACUUGUGAUCUCUUCCUCGUUCCCCAUCGUUCGCAUCUCAUCGACCUCCAAAGCUCUCUUCAAUGGCGGCCGUCGCCUGGGCGACUACUCAAACCGUUCUCCAAUCCCGCUUCCAUUGCUGCUGCUCUUCAUCCUCUUCUCCUUCCUCUCCUCCCUCUUUCACCCAAUUCAAAACCCUAGCCCCGGCAAAUGCAUCCCCGAAGCUCAGAUCCGAGUUCCUCGGCGCCACAUUCCGGAUUGAUGCAUACCAGCUUGAGAGAUCCUUCUCCUCUUCCUUCUCUGUUCGAAUGUCCUGGGACGGAGCCCUCUCCUCCGUUCGCCUCAUCAUCCAGGGCCGGAAUCUUGAGUUGACAGAGGCCGUGAAGAAGCAUGUUGAGGAUAAGGUCGGCAAGGCCGUGCAGAAGCACAGCCACCUGGUUCGCGAGGUCGAUGUGCGGCUCUCCAUUCGCGGCGGGGACUUCGGGAAGGGCCCUAAACUCCGGAGAUGCGAGGUCACUCUGUUCACCAAGAGACAUGGGGUGGUGCGAGCGGAGGAGGACGCGGAGACGCUGUACGGGAGUAUAGACUUGGUCUCCUCGAUCAUACAGAGGAAGCUGAGAAAGAUUAAGGAGAAGGAGUCGGACCAUGGCCGGCAUAUGAAAGGGUUCAGCCGGCUCAAGGUUCGGGAGCCGGAGCUCCGGCAAGUGGAAGGGGAGGUGAAGAGUGAGGAGAAAGAAGAGUAUCCUGAGCUCCUUCAGCCGGUUUCAGUCGAAGAGGAUAAGGAGGAUAUCGUUAGUGAGGUUGUUCGCACAAAAUAUUUUGAGAUGCCACCAUUGACUGUAAUGGAGGCAAUGGAACAGUUAGAAAAUGUCGAUCAUGAUUUCUAUGCCUUCAGAAAUGAUGAAACAGGUGAGAUAAAUAUCUUGUACAAACGAAAAGAUGGCGGCUAUGGGCUGAUAAUACCAAAAGAAGAUGGGAAGGUUGAGAAGCUUGAAAAAUUGGCAGCUGAUUCCAUGAGAGAACCCUCAGUUGCAGAGCAGAUCAGCGGAUGAUUGUACUACACUGUAUGCACAAAUGCUACAAUCGGCAUGUUCCCUAGUUCAUCCUUUCUUCCAACUUUUGUGAGUGUCUAACUACUGUGAGCACAUUAUGGAUAAUUUGUAAGUUGUGAAGGUUCCCUAUUAAUGUAUGGCCAAGAGCACAGAAUUUCUUAAAUAGAAAGAAAGGCUCCAGAAAUUCCAAAACAACCAUGAGAUUACACA